AUGCCUAUUCACAAGGGGUGGCUUCCCCGUGAGGGAUUCAGCGCGGAGCCCAUAUUCAGUCUGCUGAACAAGACCGCCCUCAACCCGGCCGUGUUGCUCCCUAUACUACUAGCGACGCGGUUGACAAAGAAGGGAGAGGAUUUGUCCGUAGUACACCCCCUUGCGUUUUCGCGUUUGAAAACUUUGUUCUUCUUUGGGUUGGCAAAGUGGUUGAGUUCGCAGCUGUCAGAGGGCGUGGUGAACAACUGGACGACGGAUACCUAUGACUGGCCGAAUGAGAUUGCUGUGGUCACUGGGGGUGCGGGUGGCAUUGGAGGUCAUGUAGUCAGACUACUCGCAGAGAGGGGUGUUGCGGUCGUGGUCUUGGACAUCCAACCCAUGACUUUCGAAGCCGGUCCAAAGGUGCACCACUACAAGUGCGACCUUACCUCAGCCGCCAACCUGAGCGAGGUAGCCGCCAAGAUCCGCGCCGAAGUAGGCGACCCGACGAUCCUCGUCAACAACGCCGGCGUCGCCAGGGGUAAAUCCAUCCUCGACACUUCGGAGUGGGACCUCAAGUUCACCUUUGACGUCAACUGCUUCGCCCACUACUAUACAGUACACGAGUUUCUGCCGGCUAUGAUCUGUAAGAACCACGGUAUGGUGGUAACGAUUGCCAGCUUCGCCGCCUGGCUCACCGUCCCGAACAUGGUCGACUACGGCUGCUCGAAGGCCGCCGCGUUCUCCUUCCACGAGGGGCUGACGGCCGAGUUGAAGACGCGGUAUAAUGCACCCAAAGUUAGAACCGUUGUUGUGAACCAGGGGUACACCAAGACGGCGCUGUUCACGGGAUAUCAUAACGAGCAGCCUUUUAUGCUUCCCGCGCUCGAGCCCGAGAGCGUCGCAGAUGCGAUUGCGACGCAGAUCUUCUCGGGCAAGUCGGGACAGAUUAUCACCCCGACGCUUGGGUGGACGUUGCGGUGGUUGCGGGGAUUGCCUCAAUGGUAUUCGUAUAGGUUGCGGUCUAAGGCUCAGAAUAUCAUGUCCAACUUUAGGGGAAGGCAGGUGAUACAGGACGUGGACAAGCAUUACGCGGAUCGGGAGAAGGUUGAAACAGAGGAGGGCACUGUGUUGGUGCCCGAACAGAAAUGA